AUAUAUAUCACAGAGUGAACAGGAGUAGACACCAGGCAGAAACCAUGGGUGUUUUUUGCACUUUGUCCACCUCUGCUGCCAUCAUUCUCCUGGUAAUUCCUGGAGAUUUGUGUGUGGAUAUCAUCGGAGGACAUGAAGUAGCACCACACUCAAGACCAUUUAUGGCUGCGCUCAAAGGAAAAAGUUUUUGUGGAGGAGCUUUGAUCAAGCCAGGCUGGGUGUUAACAGCUGCUCACUGCAAUCUGACAGGGGGCAGCGUUACUCUUGGAGCUCAUUCACUGAAAAAAAGAGAAAAAACACAACAGGUUAUUAAGAUUGCAAAAGAAAUUCGCUACCCAUGCUACUCUCCCGAAGGAAAGGAACAUGACAUUAUGCUGCUGCAGCUUAAGAAAAAAGCAAAACUUGGUAAUGCUGUGAAAGUCAUUCGCCUGCCUACCUCUGGUGAUGAUCCUGAACCAGAAACAACUUGUAGAGUAGCAGGAUGGGGACAAACUACGAGUAAUAACAAAAAAAAAUCUGAUACCCUGAGAGAAGUUAGCGUCACCAUUAUCAGCAGAGAAACCUGCAACGAUGAGGACCAUUAUGGUAACAAGUAUCGUAUAACAGAUAACAUGAUAUGUGCAGGAUCUGAGAGAGGAGGAAAGGACUCAUGUCAGGGGGAUUCAGGUGGACCUUUAAUAUGCAAUAAUGUGAUGAGAGGCAUCACUGCCUUUGGGAAGUCACCAUGUGGUAAUCCUGAUGGUCCUGGUGUCUACACUCGAAUCACAAAUCAAUACCUUCAGUGGAUAAGGAAUACCAUAGGCGGAGACUUAUAGACCGGGUUUUGACCAAACUAUUUCCUAUUUUGUGAUUGUGCAACAAAACCUAGCUUUGAAGUAUGCUUUUGAAAACAGGUUCAUGGUACUCCCAUGAUAUUCCCAUGAAGUUAUUCCCACACUUAUUUUUAGUAUCUUGAAGUCCUCAUAGAUGACAUUGCAUGUGCCCAUUUUCAGGACAGACAUGAUUUUAACAGAGCCAGAACACAGCACUCUCCUAGAACAGCUUUUGUAGUUCACAGAGCUAUGGAGUCCAUUUGUGACUCAGGCUUUCAGCUUCCUUGUGUUGCGCAUUCAGACCGAGCUUUACAUGGAUGAGUAUUUCUCACCAAGUGUCAAAUCAAAGCAAAGCAUAAUUCCUAACUUUCAUUUAUUUGAAACCUCUGCAUGUCAACUCUUCAUGUAAUCUGCAUUAAAUAAAAGAAAUGGCAAUAAAA